AUGCUGGAGGCGAAGCUGGAACCCACCGUCAUCAGCUACAGCGCUGGGAUCAGCGCGUGCGAGAAAUGCGAUAAGUGGCAGCGGGCCCUCUCGCUGCUCAGCGAUAUGUGGGAGGGAACGGUGGAACCCACCGUCAUCAGCUACAACGCCGGCAUCAUCGCGUGCGACAAAAGUAUGCAGUGGCAGAUGGCCGUGUCGCUGCUCAGUCAUAUGUGGGAGGCGAAGUUGGUGCCCGGGGUCACCAGCUACAGCACGGUUGUCAGCGCGUGUGAGAAAGUCAGUUGUGCCAAUUGUUUUGGCGUCGGCGGGUUCGGGCUCCUCCCUAGAGCAAGCUGGGGUCGCUCCUGA